AUGCUGGACAGCAGACACUCGCUGCUUGCUGUGAUCGGUGCCAGCCGCCGCACGGUCGACGACGAGGGCGAAGAGGAUAGCUUCCCGGCCGUCGUGGAUGACGAUUCCCUCAGCGAAGGCACGGCCAGCUCCCAGUCCCACGACGAGGAUGACGGAGACGAGGCCGACAGGGACGGUGACGGCUGCAGCGAGAUAACGGAGAACGACGGUGAAAAGCAUGCGUUGGAUAAUGAGCGGUCGGUGCGGGCGGGCCGGGAGGGCAGAGCACGGUCAGCUCGAGAUAGAGGGAAGGACGGUGGAGGUGGCGAGGGGAAGGCCUUGUUCAAUGCGCGGGUUUCGGACACGGAGACCAUGAUGAACGGAUCGAAGGAGGCGGCGGAGUCGACACAGGAGGCAGAGGAGAUACACUUCGACCAGAUAGCGGACUCUCCCAGCAGUGGUAGCGGUGCCGGUGGAGGGAACGGAGGCGGACAGAGGGAGACGUUUGCAGAGCGAAAACGACGGGAGCACGAGGAGUACAUCCAGAAAAGAAACAGUGAUCCGUCCUUCGUGCCGACAAGGGGAGGUUUCUUCCUACAUGAUAACCGGUCUGGAAAUGGCAACGGCAAUGGACGAGGGGGCAAACAGAUAAAGAGCAAGCCACACGGUCUUAUCGUCGAUAGCAAUGUCUCGAGGAAACCCCAGCCGGAUAUAACCCAUGCUCCCUGGCGACACGACCUCCACGACUCCGUCAACCAGCCCUACCGCCCGCCCCAAAACACCAACUAUCCCUCGAAGCCGGUCCCCACGGCCCCUCGCUCCUCACCACCGAACAGGUCCUUCUCAAACACCAUCCUCAUAGGCAAUGUCCCCGUCAUCGUCUUCCUCCCGGGCAUGCAAUCGCCUAUCCCCUUCUCCGCCGUCCCCAAAAAGCAACACACCCGUCUCCCGCAGCAUCGCCCUCCGCUACGUCGUGAUAAACCCGUCCGGAUCUCGCUACCAGGCCAGGCUCCCCGAUAUAUAUUCCCGUCCACCGAACGGUCGUUCAUCUUCAUCCCACGAGCUCUACGACCGAACCAACAGGCUUCGUACCGAGGUAGGGGCCGGGGAGGAGGCGGUGGAGGCGGUGGCUUCUACUCCAGGCGAGCUAGCGUAUACUCCGGCAGCGCCUACAGCCAUGCACCAACGCAUACACCCAGCGUCAGCCUUAGCAUGAGCAUGUCUCGCCGUUCAUCAAUGGGCAGAGACGUCAGUGUCAAUGGUGCCACCCCGCCCCUGGGAUCGACGAUACCGAUGGCCAGGCCAGUCGUCACGGAUUCAAGACCGGUUGUCCGCCUCCCUCCACAGGCCACGCCUACGCUGCCCAUGCAAGUCCAGGUCCAGCAGCAGCAACAGCAGCCAACCAGUGUCCCGGCACCGGUAUCGACCGCACCAUACUUCCCACCGCAGAUCCCACCAUACCGAGAAAACCGCCCUCACCCAUCCAUCCCCAUGCACCAGCCACGCCCGCAGAAGACCGUAUCGGUAGCAGAUAUCGAGUCGCCUGCAGCAUCGGCGGCCGCAUACCAGUUCACCCAGCAGCCUCAGCAGCAACCGGACCAGCCCUUCCACCACCAGGUACCACACCAGCCCCAUCAGAUGCCGAUGAACGGCUACGCACCUACGCCGGACAUGACCCUGCCGAUGGCCAUGCCUAUGCCUAUGGCCAUGCAGGUCCCCAUGGCCAUGCAGAUGCAACAGAUGCAGAUGCCGAUGUACUCGCACAUGCGCCACAUGUCCCACCCUCCGCCGACAUCAGCCACGCCACUCUCCCAGAUCCCCGAGCGCGCCAUCCACGCUGCUCCCUUCCAGCCAGUCCCUUACCAGCAGCAACCACAGCCAGGACAACAGGCAUACUACGGCCAGCCAUACCAGGCCAGCCCGAUGUAUGCACCCCCAGCUUCCGGCACAGAGUAUCCGUAUACGCCUGCGGGACCGGGACCGGGACCGGCACCACCAGCAGGGCCAGGGACGGUGGCACACGAGUCGAACGGGACGGUGUACUACUACGACGCAUCGCAGGUUACUGCUCCAGGCUCGAGCUCGGGAGCAAGCGUAGGUGGAGGUCCGGGUCAGGGUCAGCCUCCGCAGCCUCAGUCUCAGGGCCAGGGCGUGGUCGGUAUCGGAGGGAUGAUGACACCCCCCGGGCCAACGACGUACUACUAUCCCCCCCCGGUGCAGCAAAACGGACACGUCUACUAUUGA